AUGUCAGAAUUAUGCACCUACAAGAUUGAAGGUACAGUUUGGGAUGAAUUUUGCCAGAUUGAUGACCACAUAGUGCCCCAGACGGGUGACAAACGGGCCAACAGAAAUUCCUUUCAGGGUGAUUAUUGCAAGAAACCUCGCUGUGGAGUAACUUGUAUUUCAAGUAAUUUUAUAGAUAGAUAUAGUGAUAGAUAUGUUGAUCAGGAAAGAGAACAAGGAGAAUAUAAUAGAAGGAGCUCAAUAUUGGAUAAAGACUCAUUGUCCCAAACGCGAAGUAGUUUGUUUCUUACUUCAUCUGAUAGCCACUCAAUCAGAGAUGUUCCUGGGUUAAUAUCUGAUAAUACCAAAACAUCAGGUCAUGACUUCGAAAAUAAAAAUACAGACUCCGUUGGUAGUGAGGUUUGUGCAUCUGAUCCAAUUCACGAUGAGAAGAGUACUUCAGAUCAUAGCCACUCUUACAGUUAUCCACUUGGGGACACACCCCAAACGGACAAUGAUCUCAACUUUUUUGAUAAUUUUGAGGAUGUUGACAGGAUGUUUAGAAGUUGUGAUUCGACUUUUGGACUUGGGGCCAGCAUAGAAGAUGAAUUUGGUUGGUUUUCAUCAUCCAAUGCUCUAGGAGGAUCUAGAGAUGUGCCGAAGUCAGAUUUUAUGUUUUCAUGUCCUGAAUCAAAUACAAUGGAAAAUAUGUCAGAAAGCCAUGACCUUUCAAAGUUGAUCGUGAACUGCACUAGUAAUGAUUCAGCCUUGGCAACAUCCCCAGUUGGGUCCAAUGAGAGUUCUUGGCCCCUAGGUAGAGAUGAAUUUGCUUCUCAUCUAUCUAUUGUGAAUGGAACCUCUAGUCCAGACUGCAAAGAAGAGUUUAAGCCUAAAGAUCAGAUCCAUGAGUACAAAAUGCAGUCAAAGCUCCAGAACCCAUCUGAGAGAAAAAGAAAAGUACAAUACUUGGGAAAUGGUAGUUAUAUAAGUAACCUACCAAGUGAAGUCAUUCAAUUUCCUUACGGGGAUGGAUCUAAUCAAGCUUUCCCAUGUGUGGACAUACGACAUCAACAGCAAGGCUCCACAUGUGAUUCUGUCUCACAAGAAAAGCAAGUCCACCUUUCUGGAGAUAAACUCGAUGAUCACUGUGAUGUUGAAGGAGUCAGGAUGUUAACUCCAGCAGAAUUAUGUUCCUCAAACAUACAAGAAUGCCCGUCAAUGAGUUUGAAUUUAGAUGAUAUUUCACCAGAAGCAGUUAGUUUUCGCCAGCUUCAGCAUGUCACAGAACAGUUGGACUUGAGGACAAAGCUAUGCAUAAGGGAUGGUUUAUAUCGUUUAGCAAGGAGUGCUGAACAAAGACAACACUAUGAAAACCUGAACAGCAGCUCCGGAGAUGAAAGAGAUGCCGGUGGAACAUUUAUGGCUGAAGGAUCAAACAAGUGCGCUGGAUUCAUGAACGUGGAAACCGAUACAAAUUCUGUAGAUCGCUCAAUAGCACACUUACUUUUUAUGUGCCCAUGA